AUUGCUAGGCAGUAUCUGAUUCUCAUUUUGAAGUAAUUGGAGCUACAAUGAACAGCGAUAAUAUGCAGCAAUGGUGGCAAAACACAUUUCGUCAUCACCAUCUACAAUAUGCCUUCAAUCCUCAAAACUUACACGCUCUGCAGUUACCUCAACACAGCGAAAAAAUGGAUGCAGCGAGGUUAAAUCUAUUGCCACAGAUCGGUAACAACGAUUUUGACGAUUUUAAUAAUAAUACUUGGAAAAGUAACUCAUAUGAUAUAAACUGCAAAGAAGCAAAUUCUAUAUCCUCGCUAACUUUGCUUAUAAUGAUCAUAUCGUUUGGACUGGUAAUAUUCGGCGGCGUCCUGGGCAAUGCGACGCUAUUGUUAACGCUCUGUUCUGCCUCGAAAGUGCGCAUGCGAAAUCCCUUGUUGCUAGCCGUUUGCCUUGCUGACUUAUUGGUAACUGCUAUUUCAGCUCCAGUGACGUUUUUAAAUGUAGCUUUAAAUUAUAAGAGUAACUCCUUACCGUUGACAAUAUGCAAAAUCAUUCAUUAUGUGCAGGUUAUGCCGGUAGCCGCUAGUACCAUUUCAUUUUUCAUGCUUUCUUUGGAUCGCUAUGCUACUGUGAGACACCCAUCUUUAGCACAACUACGCAAGCGUCGCUUUUUGCAUGUAUCAGUAGCCCUUUUGUCGUGGAUAGCUUCAGCUGCUCUCAGUACACCUUUCCUUUUCACCUAUAAAAUAAUGGCUAGAAGUGCAACCAACUUGAAUGAUAAAAGUAUAAAAUAUCCGAUCUCGUCCGAAGUUUUGGCUGGUGCUAGCGAAAACGUUAAUAUGGGACAAUAUUUUCAUAUUGGCACUAUUUCACCAAACGUUAGAAUCAAUUGUAUAUACGAUGCUGGCGCCAGCACUGUUUUAAUUUCUUUCAUUAUUUUCCAUACCUUCGCCGUUUUUAUUAUACCUGCAUUGGGUGUGUUGGUAAAUCACUAUGGCGUACGCCAGAAAUUGUGUGCACUCUCUCUAACAGCACGCGCAGCUCAUGGUGAAUUGCCACUUCCUAUGCCUAUACUCCGCCGACAAACUCAUAUGCUCAUUGUAACUGGAAUUGCGAAUGCUCAGCAAGCAGCCACCGACGAUAACCCCAAUGGACCUGAAAUACAAUUACAAAAUCUGAAUCCCAGAUCUGAUGUUGAGCGUGGUCUAAACUACAUGAACUCCACAAACCCUAUCUCGCCCAGCCGUUUUGUGGGUAAAAGCUGAGGCACGCUAGAAUGUAAUUCGUGAAAUUGGAGCCUUCGAACAUUGUGUUGUUGAUACUAUGCGGAUAUUCACCUAAUUUGCGGGGAAGCUUGCUAUAAUACCAGAGCUGCUCAAAAACUCUAUGCGGAGCGAUACCCCAAUCGUUGGCAUUCGGAUCAUGAAGUUUUCUCCCGGACUCAUAGAGUUAUCAGAAGGUCGCAUACCUGGAAGACGUGAAGGCGAGACGGGACGUCCUGUAAUGGUAGAUGUUGUAGUUGUGCUAGAGAAAGUGGAACUAGGUCCAUUGACUUCAGUGGGAAUGAUAGAAAGACAAACUGUAUUACCAAAAAUUUACGGUUCACAAAGCUUUAAAAUAUAAUCAAUUUCAUCUCUACCACAUUCAACGUGUUCAGGGUCGUCAAGCGAGGGAUUACCAGGCGAGGAUUAGAUUUUGCCGCGAAAUUUUGCGAAUGUAUGCAUCAAACCCCAACUUGCUUAAUAAAAUAACUUGGAGCGAUAGAUUAUCAUGCAAACAUGAUGGUUACUUUUAUUUACAUAA